UUUUGCACUCAACAAAGGGAGUGCGUGCGCCGCUCCUCCACGAAUCGAAUAUUUGCGGGGACGUCUGGCGUGGAUCACGAUAAUUUGGGCCAAAGACACUAAAAAGGUUCUAGAGGAAGUCACAAGAAGCACUACCCCCAAGUUUCCUCUUAAAACAUGAAGCCGAGGUGGUGGCACAACUCCUCGAGCCAAACUUCACAAUUUCUAAUAUUCAUCCCAUUACUCACUCUUCUUGCGUCGUCAAGUGUUAAUGCAAAACCAUUGAAUUUGCCACAAACGAUAACAUGUGCGGACAACAUCUACGUCUAUGUGAACUCUACAGAAGCAGAUAGAUCUCCAUAUAUUUUCGUUGAGAUCAAGACGGCAACUAUCCAUGACUGUAUCAAUUCGUGCUUUGGAAAUCAGUUUUGCUAUUCACUGAAAUACGAUCAGUCGAAGGCAGACUCGUGCUCCCUGUUCUAUUUUGCAGCCUAUAAUUGCACAGGUCAAGCUCUUGUUCCUGCCAAGAGCGUCGUCUACAACGGAGGAGCUGUCACAAUCGACUGUCUGAGAUGUCCAUCGAACGGUGACUUUGUAACCGCACCGCCAUUCACCAGCUUCACCGAACAAACGAUCACAGCUGUCGGCGAUCGCGGAGAGACGCUGAUUGAGAAGCCUCUGGUUGAAGAUAUUACUCAUAAUAUAGACUCGAAACUUGAAUCUACAACGCCAAGUGGACACUCGACGGCAAUUGUUGACCUUCACGUCGAAGACACCACGACCGCCGUCGGUGCCGAAACAACCAGUACCUCCGCUCCAGAACCAAUUGCAUCUACUAAGAUUGCUCCGGUCCAAACUGCUCAACAUAACCGCAAAGGUAACUACUAUCCAGCAUGCUAUAUUAAUUUCCAAGUGGAGGAAAUUUCAACGCAGCCCAACUUUGACCAUUAUACGAUAAAACCAGCCAAAAGUGCGAAUGCUUGCGCUCGCUUCUGUUUCGUUGGACUUUGCACGGUGGCUGUAUAUUCGCCUUCCACGGGCGAAUGCCGACUUGGCAGGGAUAGACGGGAAAAGUGCACGGAUUCGGAAAACAAGUUCUCUUAUACAGGAGCCGACGAUGUUGUGCUGCAGUGUUUCCGUUGCAGUUCCAAGAAGGUUCCACCGACUGCUGAUGUUACCAAGACUACCGUAUCCUUCCAAGAAGAAGAACAUGUCACGACUCAAGCUAAAGCCGAUGAAACCACCACAGCAGAACCUAGUACCACCACAGCCACCGAGAGUUCUACCUCUCUAGCUGAAUCUAAUGAUCAGGAGCCAGCUGUCGCUACCAAAGUGGAAAUGGCAAAGGAUAAAGAAGGAGUUAAGACUACGCAGAGAAAACAUUGUGUCAUCAAAUUCCAAGCUAGACCAUUAUCGGAUCGCCCUGAAAACUUGAAGGCCAAGUUUGAAUUGAACGUGCCAGUUGAUUCGAUUGAACUUUGUGCUACAAGAUGUUACCAGGAUGGGUGCUCCGGCGCUCGAUUCGACCCAGCUGACAGAUCCUGUACGCUUUCCUACGACGAUCCACAGUUUUGUGCUCGUGGAAAUGUAUUCAUUCAUUAUGAAGCUAAAGAGGCCACGUGGUUACAUUGCGUAAAUUGCUAUACUGUAAAACCAAGUGACUUCGAUGAAGUUCGAACUGGUACCACCGCUGCAACUCCGAAAGGAAUAGAGUCGACAACUGUUGCUUCAUCUGAAACAACAUCUGCAGAAGCCGUCACUACCACUCAGAAGCAAGCUGACAUUACAUCCACAACAGCUGCACCUGAACUCACCUCUUCCGCAUCUCAAGAAUCCACAACUACAACGGUUGCCACAUCGACUGUGAAACAAUCAGAAUCUGAUGGCAGUGAUGAUUUCCAGAGAGGAUGUCUCAUCAAGUUCCAGGCAAGACCAUUGACAGAACGACCGAAAGAGUUAUCGGCAAAGUUUGAAACCGAGAUCAAAGUCGAUUCCGUCGAAAUGUGUGCAACACGUUGUUAUCAAGAUGGUUGUUCUGGAGCCAGAUUUGAUCCCGUCUGGAGCACGUGUAGUCUUUCCUACGAUGAAAAGCAUUUCUGCGCACGAGGAGAUGUCUUCCUGCAGUACAUGGCUAAAGAAGUAACAUGGAUUCAUUGUGUUAACUGCUAUGCCAUCAAAUCAACAGCAGCAGCAGAUUUACCAAAGGUUCCCAGCAAGACUAAUGAUGACAAUGAGAUCACUACAACAUCAGCUCCAGCUGCAGUAACUAAUCCUUGGGGAGAAACUGAAACGCCGUUGAGCGAAGGAGAAAAAACUACAACAUCCUCUCCAAAAGAAGAGGCUGCAACUUUGAAAACUAUUGGUCAGGAAGUUGAUGAUGAUAGUCUUCUAAAAGGAUGUAUCGUUCACUUCCAAUCUCAACCAAUAGAAGAAAGAAAUAAAGAAUUCACUGCACCAUUUGAAUUGAAUCUUAAAGUGCCAACGGCGGAAAUCUGCGCUCAUCGGUGUUAUCAAGAUGGGUGUACUGCUGCAAAAUAUGAUCCUUCAACCCAACAAUGCUCACUUGCUUACGAAGAUAAGCCAUUCUGUGGUAAUGGAAGACUGGUGAACAUUGACCGAUCAGAUAAAACUGUCUGGAUUCAUUGUCUAUCAUGUGUUCCAUUGAAGAAUUCUAAACCAGCUGAAAACACAGAUGGAGAAGUAACUGAAUCGAAUCUUCCUGAUGGAUCUGGUGAGCACGGUGCAGAUACAGCAAGCGGAGAAGAACCAACGUCAACGCCCAUAACUGCUCCCACUGACUUCUCAAACGACGAUCAAGUCACAGAAGCUUCCGGUGAAGAGACUACCACCGCUGCUGCCACAGAAGCCUCAUCCGAAGAGACCACCACCUCUGCUGUGACUGAAGGAUCAGGAGAAGAGACCACUGUCCCCACAACAGUCGAAUCAUCCGGAGAGGAACCAGCAUUAUCAUCGACAUCUGUCCCAACGGAGCUUUCAAAGGAUGAUCAAGUAACUGAAGCUUCAGGUGAAGAGACCACCACCGCAGCUGCCACCGAAGCCUCGUCGGAAGAGACCACCACCCCUGCCGUGACUGAAGCAUCAGGAGAAGAGAGUACCACCUCUGCCGUGACUGAAGGAUCUGGAGAAGAGAUCACUGUCCCCACAACAGUCGAAUCAUCCGGAGAGGAACCAGCAUUAUCAUCGACAUCUGUCCCAACUGAGCUUUCAAAGGAUGAUCAAGUAACUGAAGCUUCAGGUGAAGAGACCACCACCGCAGCUGCCACCGAAGCCUCGUCGGAAGAGACCACCACCCCUGCCGUGACUGAAGCAUCAGGAGAAGAGAGUACCACCUCUGCCGUGACUGAAGGAUCUGGAGAAGAGAUCACUGUCCACACAACAGUCGAAUCAUCCGGAGAGGAACCAGCAAUAUCAUCGACGUCUAUCCCAACUGAGCUCUCGAAAGAUGAUCAAGUAACUGAAGCUUCAGGUGAAGAGACCACCACCGCAGCUGCCACCGAAGCCUCGUUGGAAGCGACCACCACUCCUGCCGUGACUGAAGCAUCAGGAGAAGAGAUUACCACCUCUGCCGUGACUGAAGAAUCUGGAGAAGAGACCACUGUCGUCGCAGUUGUUGAAUCAUCCGGAGAGGAACAAGCAUCAUCGUCGACGUCUAUCCCAACUGAGCUCUCGAAAGAUGAUCAAGUAACUGAAGCUUCAGGUGAAGAGACCACCACCGCAGCUGCCACCGAAGCCUCGUCGGAAGCGACCACCACUCCUGCCGUGACUGAAGCAUCAGGAGAAGAGACCACUGUCGUCGCAGUUGUUGAAUCAUCCGGAGAGGAACCAGCAUCAUCAUCGACGUCUAUCCCAACUGAGCUCUCAAAAGAUAAUCAAGUAACUGAAGCUUCCGGUGAAGAGACCAACACCGCUGCUGUAACUGAAGGAUCUGGAGAAGAGACCACCACUGCUGCUGCCACGGAAACCUCGUCGGAAGAGACUACCAUCUCUGCCGUGACUGAAGCGUCUGGAGAAGAGACUACUGUCGUCGCAGUUGUUCAAUCAUCCGGAGAGGAACCAGCAUCAUCAUCGACGUCUAUCCCGACUGAGCUCUCAAAAGAUGAUCAAGUAACUGAAGCUUCCGGUGAAGAGACCACCACCGCAGCUGCCACCGAAGCCUCGUCGGAAGAGACCACCACCCUUGCUGUAACUGAAGGAUCUGGAGAAGAGACCACUGUCGUCGCAGUUGUUGAAUCAUCCGGAGAGGAACCAGCAUCAUCAUCGACGUCUAUCCCAACUGAGCUCUCGAAAGAUGAUCAAGUAACUGAAGCUUCCGGUGAAGAGACCACCACCGCUGCUGUAACUGAAGGAUCUGGAGAAGAGACUGUCACCCCUGCUGCCACCGAAGCCUCGUCGGAAGCGACCACCACCCCUGCCGGGACUGAAGCAUCUGGAGAAGAGACUACUACCUCUGCCGUGACUGAAGGAUCAGGAGAAGAGAACACUGUCGUCGCAGUUGUUGAAUCAUCCGGAGAGGAACCAGCAUCAUCAUCGACGUCUAUCCCAACUGAGCUCUCGAAUGAUGAUCAAGUAACUGAAGGAUCUGGAGAAGAGACCACCACCGCUGCUGCCACGGAAACCUCGUCGGAAGAGACUACCACCUCUGUCGUGACUGAAGGAUCAGGAGAAGAGACCACCACCUCUGCCGUGACUGAAGCAUCUGGAGAAGAGACUACUACCUCUGCCGUGACUGAAGGAUCAGGAGAAGAGAACACUGUCGUCGCAGUUGUUCAAUCAUCCGGAGAGGAACCGGCAUCAUCAUCGACAUCUAUCCCAACUGAGCUCUCGAAGGAUGAUCAAGUAACUGAAGCUUCCGGUGAAGAGACCACCACCGCUGCUGCCACAGAAGCCUCAUCCGAAGAGACCACCACCUCUGCUGUGACUGAAGGAUCAGGAGAAGAGACUACUACCUCUGCCGUGAGUGAAGGAUCUGGAGAUGAGACUACCACCGCUGCCGCCACUGAAGCCUCGUCGGAAGAGACCAUCACUUCUGCCGUCACUGAAGGAUCUGGAGAAGAGACUACCACCUCUGCUGUAACUGAAGGAUCAGGAGAAGAGACUACCACCGCUGCCGCCACUGAAGCCUCGUCGGAAGAGACCAUCACUUCUGCCGUCACUGAAGGAUCUGGAGAAGAGACUACCACCUCUGCUGUAACUGAAGGAUCUGGAGAAGAGAUCACUGUCCCCACAACAGUCGAAUCAUCCGGAGAGGAACCAGCAUUAUCAUCGAUGUCUAUCCCAACUGAGCUCUCGAAGGAUGAUCAAGUAACUGAAGCUUCAGGUGAAGAGACCACCACAGCUGCUGCCACGGAAACCUCGUCGGAAGAGACUACCACCUCUGUCGUGACUGAAGGAUCAGGAGAACAGACCACUGUCGUCGCAGUUGUCGAAUCAUCCGGAGAGGAACCAGCAUCAUCAUCGACAUCUAUCCCAACUGAGCUCUCAAAGGAUGAUCAAGUAACUGAAGCUUCUGGUGAAGAGACUACCACCGCUGCUGCCACUGAAGCCUCGUCGGAAGAGACCAUCACUUCUGCCGUCACUGAAGGAUCAGGAGAAGAGACCACUGUCGUCGCAGUUGUUGAAUCUUCCGGAGAGGAACCAGCAUCAUCAUCGACAUCCGUCCCAACGGAGCUCUCAAAAGAUGAUCAAGUAACUGAAGCUUCCGGUGAAGAGACCACCACCGCUGCUGCCACGGAAGCCUCGUCGGAAGAGACUACCACCUCUGCCGUGACUGAAGGAUCAGGAGAAGAGACUACUACAUCUGCCGUGACCGAAGCCUCGUCGGAAGCGACCACCACCCCUGCCGGGACAGAAGCAUCUGGAGAAGAGACUACUACCUCUGCCGUGACUGAAGGAUCAGGAGAAGAGACCACUGUCGUCGCAGUUGUCGAAUCUUCCGGUGAGGAACCAGCAUCAUCUUCGACAUCUAUCCCAACUGAGCUCUCAAAGAAUGAUCAAGUAACUGAAGCUUCCGGUGAAGAGACCAUCACCGCUGCUGCCACCGAAGCCUCGGAAGAGACUACCACCUCUGCUGUGACUGAAGGAUCAGGAGAAGACACCACUGUCGUCGCAGUUGUCGAAUUAUCCGGAGAGCAACCAGCAUCAUCUUCGACAUCUAUCCCAACUGAGCUCUCAAAGGAUGAUCAAGUAACUGAAGCUUCCGGUGAAGAGACCACCACCGCUGCUGCCACCGAAGCCUCGGAAGAGACUACCACCUCUGCUGUGACUGAAGGAUCAGGAGAAGAGACCACUGUCGUCGCAGUUGUCGAAUCUUCCGGUGAGGAACCAGCAUCAUCUUCGACAUCUAUCCCAACUGAGCUCUCAAAGGAUGAUCAAGUAACUGAAGCUUCCGGUGAAGAGACCACCACCGCUGCUGCCACCGAAGCCUCGGAAGAGACUACCACCUCUGCUGUGACUGAAGGAUCAGGAGAAGACACCACUGUCGUUGCAGUUGUCGAAUCAUCCGGAGAGCAACCAGCAUCAUCUUCGACAUCUAUCCCAACUGAGCUCUCAAAGGAUGAUCAAGUAACUGAAGCUUCCGGUGAAGAGACCACCACCGCUGCUGCCACCGAAGCCUCGGAAGAGACUACCACCUCUGCUGUGACUGAAGGAUCAGGAGAAGACACCACUGUCGUCGCAGUUGUCGAAUCAUCCGGAGAGCAACCAGCAUCAUCUUCGACAUCUAUCCCAACUGAGCUCUCAAAGGAUGAUCAAGUAACUGAAGCUUCCGGUGAAGAGACCACCACCGCUGCUGCCACCGAAGCCUCGGAAGAGACUACCACCUCUGCUGUGACUGAAGGAUCAGGAGAAGAGACCACUGUCGUCGCAGUUGUCGAAUCUUCCGGUGAGGAACCAGCAUCAUCUUCGACAUCUAUCCCAACUGAGCUCUCAAAAGAUGAUAAAGUUACUGAAGCUUCAGGUGAAGAGACCACCACCGCUGCGGCCACGGAUGCCUCGUCGGAAGAGACUACCACCUCUGCCGUGACUGAAGGAUCAGGAGAAGAGACCACUGUCGUCGCAGUUGUCGAAUCUUCCGAUGAGGAACCAGCAUCAUCUUCGACAUCUAUCCCAACUGAGCUCUCAAAGGAUGAUCAAGUAACUGAAGCUUCCGGUGAAGAGACCACCACCGCUGCUGCCACCGAAGCCUCGGAAGAGACUACCACCUCUGCUGUGACUGAAGGAUCAGGAGAAGAGACCACUGUCGUCGCAGUUGUCGAAUCUUCCGGUGAGGAACCAGCAUCAUCUUCGACAUCUAUCCCAACUGAGCUCUCAAAAGAUGAUAAAGUUACUGAAGCUUCAGGUGAAGAGACCACCACCGCUGCGGCCACGGAUGCCUCGUCGGAAGAGACUACCACCUCUGCCGUGACUGAAGGAUCAGGAGAAGAGACCACUGUCGUCGCAGUUGUCGAAUCUUCCGAUGAGGAACCAGCAUCAUCUUCGACAUCUAUCCCAACAGAGCUCUCAAAGGAUGAUCAAGUAACUGAAGCUUCCGGUGAAGAGACCACCACCGCUGCUGCCACCGAAGCCUCGGAAGAAACUACCACCUCUGCUGUGACUGAAGGAUCAGGAGAAGAGACCACUGUCGUCGCAGUUGUCGAAUCUUCCGGUGAGGAACCAGCAUCAUCUUCGACAUCUAUCCCAACUGAGCUCUCAAAGGAUGAUCAAGUAACUGAAGCUUCCGGUGAAGAGACCACCACCGCUGCUGCCACCGAAGCCUCGGAAGAGACUACCACCUCUGCUGUGACUGAAGGAUCAGGAGAAGACACCACUGUCGUUGCAGUUGUCGAAUCAUCCGGAGAGCAACCAGCAUCAUCUUCGACAUCUAUCCCAACAGAGCUCUCAAAGGAUGAUCAAGUAACUGAAGCUUCCGGUGAAGAGACCACCACCGCUGCUGCCACCGAAGCCUCGGAAGAGACUACCACCUCUGCUGUGACUGAAGGAUCAGGAGAAGAGACCACUGUCGUCGCAGUUGUCGAAUCUUCCGGUGAGGAACCAGCAUCAUCUUCGACAUCUAUCCCAACUGAGCUCUCAAAGGAUGAUCAAGUAACUGAAGCUUCCGGUGAAGAGACCACCACCGCAGCUGCCACCGAAGCCUCAUCGGAAGAGACCACCACUUCUGCCGUGACUGAAGGAUCAGGAGAAGAAACUACCACCUCUGCCGUGACUGAAGGAUCAGGAGAAGAGACUACCACCUCUGCCGUGCCUGAAGGCGAGAAUUCGACCACUGAGGCGCCAGCCUUUGUGACUGGUUCUGAAAUUGAAAUACCAUCAUCUGAGGAGUCGUCGUCUACCACAACUCACGAUCCAAGUAUUCCGGUCAUUACACCUAAGCCUUCCGUGUCUUCAACCAUUGAAAAUGUCAUGUCAAAGACUUCUUCGGAAGAAGCUGCCGAGAAAAAAAUUAUUGGAGAACAUCAAACCGGAAAAGAUGAUGAUGCCGGGAAGGAAGAUGAAGAUAAUAUGCCAGCAUUUGUAACAGCUAAUCCUGCUGGCACAUCUACUACAGAAUCGGCUGAAAAUGUGACAUCCACUGGAGAAGAGGAUGAGAACAUCAAGAUGGCUAAGGAACUUGGUAAGCAAUUCGCCGCUGAUCUUGCUAAACUUGCCGCAAAGGACGGCGUAAACCUCACUGAAACUGCCGACGCGAAAGAUUCUGGUGAGACAGCUCAUGUUGAAGAUGAACAAGUCAGUAGUACGGAGUCAUCGAUUGGAAGUGAAGAGACAACUACCACCGUCAAUAAGGAAACUACUGAAGAACAUCACGAAGCGUCUGGUGAAGAGGAUGAUGCGCCUGCAUUCGUUACUGGUGCACCAACUGAUUCUACAACUGAAGCUUCUGUAUCAACCACCUCCGCAAUCACAGAUGAAACCACAUCAGUUGCUGCGGAUGAGUCAACAAGCACUUCGGCUGGAGAGGUUCAGAGUUCUUCAGCAAUUAUUGAUUCAGCCACAGUUGCAUCAGAAGAGCAAACCUCUUCAGAGGCAACGUCGGUGAUCGAAAGCAGCGGAGAGGAAGUGACCACUACUGAUGAGAAUCUAGUCACAUCUACAGUAGCACAAUUGGAGGAAGGAAGCGGUAUUACUGCUGCGGAAUCAAAGGAUGAAGACUCAGUGACAACGGAAGCCACUUCUCAAUCCACAACUGUAUCUGAAUCCUCAGACGGAAGCGGAGAGUCAACAGUUGCUCCAAAUGACUCAGAAACAUCCACAACAGAAUCAUCUCAAUCAACCACGGACGAAGGAAGCGGAGUUACUGCUGCCGAAUCGAAGGAUGAAGAGUCAUCCACAACUGAGGCACCAGCAUUUGUUACAUCGAAAACUUCGGGUAGUGAGGAAGACGAGGAGGACUCACCAGACACUCAUGAAUUCUUGACGGGUAUUGACGAGACCAUGUUUAAUAAGAGUUUGGUCCCAGACACUCAUAGGGAAGAUCUUCCAAACAAUGUUGGAUUCGUGCCAUCAUCAGAGCCAAAGCCAAAGAAUCCUGACGAGGAGGAAGAGGAAGAAGAGGAUGAUGGAACCAAGAGUGAUGAUUAUGAGGAUAAUGUUUCGAAGAAGAUCAGCUCAACGUCCGCGCCAACGACAACUACGACAGAAGCAGCGGGAGCUACAACAGAGCCACCAGUUCAACUUGUCAAGGAUCUCAUCGAUGCCUUGGCAGCAGGAGGGCUAGACUUUGUUCUCGGAAGACCACGCAAACCGACAUCUCAAGCUGCUCAGGAUAUGAUUAAUAGGAAGCUUGGUCCAAUUCAACGACUACUCCCUCAAGCAAUUGAGAAUAAACAUGAAUGCACUACCGGAAGAGUUCGAUUCGUCGCCUCCGAGAUGGUCGACCUGAGUCAGCACUUCGAGCGCGACGCUGUGGCAUUCUCGCUGGAGCAUUGUGCUCGUAUGUGUUUUGAGACAUCGUGUGUUCGUGCCGCAUUCACCAGAUUCCCGCGUCCCGUUUGUCUGAUGCACUAUGCGGAUCAAAAAACCGCCCAUCUCGACACUAACUGUACUGAUGUGACACCAACAACCUCGUGGACGUUCACCAAAAUCAACCAAGUUGUCGCGAUUGACUGUGUGACGUGUGCUGAUGAGAAGAAAACACAUGACAUCACAUCGUUCUCAGUUGAUGAGCCAUCGUCAAGCUCGGACAACAUCCCACUUCAUCAAGGAUUGAGUUCCAAAUGCGAUGGAAGAGUUGAGUUCCAAGUGAUUCCUGUUGCCAGUCUCCCGAAAUUAAAUAUUACAAAUGAUGUUCCUGCUUCUUCCCCAGCUGAUUGUGCUCGCAAGUGCUUCGAAAUGAAGAACUGUAAAACUGCCGGUUUCAUUCCAUCACCAUCUGGAACCAUCGCCCAAGGAGUUUGCCUCCUGACCUCUGAUGACGUUGUCUGCGGAAACCUUGCCGACUUCGUUCCACAACACGCUGCUCUUCAUCCGUUCGUGGUGUCUUGCAUCCGAUGCACAUCCUGUACGUACAACAUCCGUCCGGUGACGCCGACUCGAACGAUGCCGACGAUGAAGGUGCAUGAGCAGGCGGACAAUGUACAAGAAUGCGCCAAAUUGUGUGCGGACAUGAAAUGCACAAUGGCAAAGUACGAGAAUAACACGAAGAUUUGCUCAAUGACGCGCGAGCCGGUGACAGAAGAGACGUGUCCUCAAGAAGUUGCCACACAAAUCCACGACUCUCUAUUGCCAGUUAGCAUUGAAUGCGUAAAGUGCUCUGGUAACUAACUAGUUAAUCUUUUAUCUUUUUAUUCCAAACUUUGAAAUUCAGGUCUUUUUAAUACUUUGUAAUCUCUAAAUCAUAAUGUUAUCCUUAUUAGUGUAACUCCAUAUCUUUUAAUAUUCCGCUCCAAUUGCUCAUAAUGUUUGUUCUUUAAAAAUUAACUUUUUCCUUAUGUAAACCCUGCCGUUUUUCCUGCUGAAACGUGUAGAAUUUCGCUAGUAUGCCCCCGUAAUAUUUAUAAUUAACCCAUCUUCCCGUGGCCCAUGUCUACCGGUGUCCAUGAACGUUGCCUUUGUUUUCUCCGAUGAUCACUUCUUCUCAGCUGGUUUCUUUUUUUCUUGUUCACUUUUUUCGCAUGCAUUCAGAGAUUGUAUAUUUGCUUCUUCGAAAUGAAUGAUUUUCUUUGUAA